AUGGAAUUGUGCGCCUGUUUUCCAAAGGUGGGGAGCUUCCUAGAGGUGGUGGGGGACGUCACCGGACUGAGCAAGGCGUCGGUUUUACUGAGUGUGGCAGCCUUGACACCGAUCCUCCUGCGCCAUGCCCGAGUGCACAUCAAGAUACCCACCACAAGGGAGGAGAUCCGCCAGGUCCACCAAGGAUUCCACGCCAUGGCUGGGAUCCCCCGGGUGAUUGGCGUAGUGGAUGGCACCUUGAUCCCCAUCCUCAAUCCCUCCUUGGUGGACCCGUGCUGGAUUGGGAGGAAGCACUUUUCUGCCAUCAACACGCAGGUGGUGGUGGACCACGAGGGCCUGAUAACGGACAUCGUUGCCAGGAGAGAGUUUAGCUGGAGCUUCCUCCUCGGGGACAGCGGCUACCCUCUCCACAGCUACCUGGUGACCCCUGUGACCAACCCGGCAACACCAGCAGAGGAGAGGUUUAAUGAGGCCCACACAGACACCAGGACCCACAUUGAAUGGAUGUUUGGCAGGUGGAAGUCACGGUUCCGUUGUAUCCAUCGUUCAUCGGGGGGGAUGCGCCUGUCACCUGCCAAGAGUCGUGGCGUCAUCGUAGUCACCGCCAUGCUCCACAACAUGGCUGUGCGCGCUGGGGCAGAUGAGCCUCCUCCCUUGGAUAAGGACGAGGAUUCUGAAGACGACGAUGCCCAACCUCCGGUCCCCGAUGCCCGAGCAGCACUCCACCAAGCCGGUGUCCAGACAAGACAGGAGCUCAUCGACCUGUUUUUUUGA